AUGGAAGAAGCAAAUGAACGAUAUUAUUUACUCGAAAAAGAAUCAACAGAAAUUAACAAAUCUGAUAUUUUAAAUAUUUUGUCAAUUUCUUUAUAUAAACAAGGAAAUUUAAAGAGAGCUUUAAUUAUUAAUGAUAAAUUAAUUGAAUUAGAUCCUUUAUAUCCAAAUGCAACAAAUAAUUCAAAAUUAUAUGAACAAGAAUUAUUAGCUAAUGGAGUUAAUGAAGAAGAUUUUCGUUUAAAUAUACCUCCAUUAAAUAAUUAUAGACCAUUAAACGAUACAUACUAUGAGUCUGUUGAUCGUUUGGCUUAUGAAGAACUCUGUCGUGAAGAAAAUGAAAUUAAUAUAACAGAAAUAUCCAAACUUUAUUGUUAUUACAAAAUGGAUCGUCCAUUCCUUCGAUUAGCCCCAAUUAAAGUUGAAAUAAUUCGAUUCGAACCUUUAGCUGUUAUAUUUCGUAAUGUUAUUUAUGAUGAGGAAAUUGAAAUAAUGCAGAAUAUAUCAUUACCAAAUUUUUUUAGAUCUCCAUUUGGAGAGAUUGUAAAGAAUCGUUCCAAAUUUAGAAUUAGUAAAAGUGCUGUACUUAACAUAAAAACACAUCCAAUUGGUAAACAAAUAGCUAAACGUUUGAAAUUAAUGACUAAUUUAAAUAUGAAGUCUGCUGAACAUUUACAAAUGGGGAAUUAUGGAAUUGGCGGAUAUUGUGAACCUCAUACCGAUUUUCCUCAGAAUACAAACGAUUCAAAUGCAUCCAUGGGUAGUGGAUACAGAAUUGGAACAGUCCUUUUUUAUCUAAGUACACCAGAAAAGGGUGGAUAUACCGCUUUUAGUAAUGUAAAAACAAUUGCUAAACCAACUAAAAAUGAUGCUCUUUUUUGGUAUAAUUUGCGCAGAAACGGAGAUAGAGAUUUAAGAACUAUGUAUGGUUUUCUUUAA